AUGGCUGCAAAGCAAGCUGCCACUGCCGCUGCCGCUGCCGCCAAACCCUACAUCGAAUAUUCCAGGGCUCUGGGUUUGAAGGCCAUCAAGGGCGUGACAGCAUUCCAAGUCAGAUAUACGGACCUCCACGCCUACUCUAUUACGAGCGGGCGCUUCGCUCCUGGGUACCCGACUCUCCAGCAGAUAUAUGCAGACAGGAAAUAUAUGGUUAGAACCGACCCCUUCUGGUGGUCUUGCGUGGCUAGGAAGGACACUGGCUUUGCGAAGAGUGUUGUGAGGAGUUGGAGUGCUAGGAGGGUGAGGAAUGCCCUUGGGGAAUCGCUGGCCAAGAAGGGAUUUGCUAAAGACGGCGCACGCCUGGAGAAAGGGGCGGGCAAGCAUGAUCUGUACGGCUCCGCACAGCUUACUCCAACUGCUCUUUGUCUGAGGAUGCCAUAUACAGAGCUGGUGAAGCAGACAGAUAUUGCUGUGGAGUGGUUCAUGGGUGCUCGGGAAGAGAGGCUUCAUAAGGAAGAAACGCAACGCAAGAAACAGCCAGUAGCCCAUCGCCUGGGAAAUACAGCUGCAGCGACGAAACCUGCACUACACUGGCAAGAAAGGGGCAAAACUACAAAGAACUGGAAGCCUCGAAAGAAGUUGGUUUUACCAUCUGUCUACUCUGUGAACAGCCUUGCGCAGCUCGAGUACAACAAACAAACAAGGGGCGCAAGGCUGGUCCAAGCUUCUGGAAUUCCAAGCACGUCCCAACUUUCCUUGUCGCAUCCAACAACGUAUUCGAAGUAUCGCAGACAAAACCCCGGACUGUCUACAAACACAACCACAAUCACAACAAUCACCAUGUUAAUCUCAUUGACCGUGGGAAAGGUUGAUGCAGGCGUCGCCGUCUUGCUGACCCACGAUAAAAGACUGAUCGAAUUCCCUUCCAUACUCCUCCCUCCCAAUAUAUCGUCCGGCAGCAUCGUCGACAUCACCGUAUCAAGGAAUCUUGCCUCGGAACAAAAGUCCCAGCAAGGCUUCCUCGCCCUCCAAGACGCAAUCUUCUCUACCUUUGGUGCCUCAGAACCGCAAGCCCCCAUCCUCCGAUGCCGAAAUGCAACCCAAACAUCUGUAGUCCUAGAAUGGGACCCGAUAGAGCUGGCCACAGCAGACUGUAUCUCCCUAUCCUUAUUCCGCAAUGGGCAAAAGGCCGGAAAUAUCCCCCGGCCGACUACUAUGCAGGUGACGAAGAUCAGCGGCCUGGCAGUCGAUACAGAAUACACGUUUCAGCUGGUAUUGCGGACUACCGCGGGGACAUUCAAUAGCGAGAAGUUGGCGGUGAAGACGCAUAAGAUGACGGAUUUGAGCGGUAUCACUGUUACGCCUGGGAUCUUACCCGCGCAGCUACGAGACAGCCUUUCUACUGCCGUUGAGAGGAUAGGAGCUAAGCUCGCGGAUACGGUGCGCAUUGAUACCACACAUUUUGUGACUACGGAAGGGAGGGGCAUUGCGUGGGAGAAGGCCGUUGAGAUGAAUAUCCCCGUUGUGAGACCAGAGUGGGUUGAAGGUUGCGAGAGGGGUGGUAGGAUUGUUGGCGUGAGGCAGUACUACCUCGACGCGGAUCCCAGACAGCGCCAGAUACCUGACCUGCAGCAACAGCCUCCAACGCCAAAGGAGGCACCGCAGAGCCCGACAACUAAUGGGAAGACGAAUGGCGCGAAUGGAACUCCAGUGGAACCUCCCACACCUCCGGCAAAGGAUACUCCCAAGGAAGCCGAGGAAGAGAGCAGUGAGGACGAUGAAGAGGACGAGGACGAUAGGUCGACCGUACCGGACGAGCAGAAAGUCCGGGUCGAGGACCGCGAGCAACACAAAGUAGCACUGCGGCCCGGAAAACUCUCGCCAACCGCGGAGGAGAAGGAGAAGGGAAAGGAAGAGGGCGAGGCUGCUGAUGAUAAUUCUGGGUCUGGUAGUCAGACGCCUGGAGAUUCGAAUUUCCAGGAGGUUGCUCUUUAA